AUGUCUGGUUGGGAUGAAGGAGAAAUCUUCUACAGUGACCAAGCUCAGUUCCCCCACGGCGGAGGCGGCGGCGGCGGAGGCCCGGAACAGGGGGUGAGUCGGCACACGAUUCUCCGGAAGUUCAAAGAGUUCAUUAGAAAUUUCGAAAGCAAAAAUGUGUUCCCGUACAGAGAAGCUUUGCUUCAAAACCCUAAAUACCUCCUCGUCAACCUCGCAGACCUCCUCAAGUACGACAAAGAUCAAGAAGAUCUCGGCAAACUGCUCCGGGAGAACCCCGCCGAUUACCUGCCCCUGUUUGAAACUGCGGCGACUGAAGUUCUUGCAAGUUUGAGAUCAAGAGUUAUUGGAGAUACAGGUGAACUGGAGGAGCCAGAGACCGGGGAGGUGCAGAUUUUGUUGAAGUCAGAACAAGAUUCAUUGUCAAUGCGAUUGCUUGGGGCACAUUACAUAUCAAAAUUGGUUAAGAUAUCUGGGAUUACUAUUGCUGCAUCAAGAACUAAGGCAAAGGCAACUUAUGUGACAUUGUUGUGUAAGAAUUGUAAGAAUGUGAAGCUUGUUCCAUGCCGUCCUGGGCUUGGAGGGGCGGUUGUGCCACGUUCCUGUGAUCACAUGCCCCAGCCUGGGGAGGAACCAUGUCCUAUUGAUCCAUGGAUUGUCGUACCGGAUAAAAGCAAGUAUGUCGACCAGCAGACCCUCAAGUUGCAGGAGAAUCCUGAGGAUGUCCCUACUGGGGAGCUACCUAGAAACAUGCUUUUAUCCAUUGAUCGUCAUCUAGUGCAAACAAUUGUACCUGGCACAAGAUUGACCAUAAUGGGGAUCUACAGUAUAUUUCAAGCUGCGAAUUCAUCCACAUCUCACAAAGGUGCAGUUGCAGUUAGACAGCCUUAUGUUAGAGUUGUUGGAAUAGAGGAGACUAAUGAGGCUAAUUCUAGGGGUCCUGCCAACUUCACCGUAGAUGAGAUAGAAGAAUUCAAAAAGUUUGCAUCAGAUAAUAAUGCCUAUGAAAACAUAUGCUCCAAGAUUGCUCCCUCUAUAUUUGGCCACGAUGAUGUGAAGAAGGCUGUGGCUUGUCUUUUAUUUGGCGGAUCGAGGAAGAUUUUGCCCGAUGGUGUGAAAUUAAGAGGUGACAUUAAUGUAUUGCUCUUGGGGGACCCCUCUACUGCUAAAUCACAGUUCCUCAAGUUCGUCGAGAAGACAGCUCCCGUAGCAGUAUAUACUUCUGGGAAAGGCUCAUCAGCCGCUGGUCUUACAGCUUCUGUGAUUCGAGAUAAUAGCUCACGGGAGUUUUAUCUAGAAGGAGGAGCCAUGGUUUUGGCUGAUGGAGGUGUCGUCUGCAUAGAUGAAUUUGACAAAAUGAGGGCAGAAGACAGAGUUGCAAUUCAUGAAGCCAUGGAGCAGCAAACCAUUUCCAUUGCCAAAGCUGGAAUAACAACUGUUCUCAAUUCUAGAACCUCUGUGCUAGCAGCAGCUAACCCUCCAUCAGGACGUUACGAUGAUCUCAAGACUGCUCAGGAUAACAUUGAUUUGCAGACGACAAUUCUAUCGAGAUUUGAUCUAAUUUUCAUUGUGAAAGAUGUCAGGAUGUACAGUCAAGACAAGAAUAUUGCCAGUCAUAUCAUCAAACUUCAUGCAUCUGCUCAUGCAGCCAAUGGUGAAACUAGAACCUAUAUAGAAGAUAACUGGCUGAAAAGGUAUAUACAUUACUGUCGAACUGUAUGUCACCCCCGUCUAUCAGAUUCUGCUGCCACCAUGCUGCAGGAGAGCUAUGUCAAAAUUAGACAGGACAUGAGACGGCAGGCAAAUGAAACUGGGGAGGCUGCUGCAAUACCGAUCACCGUGAGGCAGCUGGAAGCUGUAGUGAGGUUGAGUGAGGCACUUGCAAAAAUGAGACUGUCCCAUACUGCGAAUGAUAACCAUGUUUUGGAAGCUAUAAGGCUCUUCAACAAUUCUACAAUGGAUGCAGCACGCUCUGGUAUAAAUCAACAUAUCAAUCUUACUCCUGAGAUGGCGAAUGAGAUUAAGCACGCAGAAACCCAAAUAAAAAGAAGAAUGGGAAUCGGAAGCCACAUAUCAGAGAGACGGUUGAUUGAUGAACUUGCCAGAAUGGGCAUGAAUGAUUCUAUUGUUAGAAGAGCUCUGUUAAUUAUGCAUCAGAGAGAUGAAGUUGAAUACAAAAGAGAAAGGCGAAUCAUUGUUCGGAAAGCUUAACCGCUCAACAAUCAUCAGCAAGUCGACAUUGCAGUUCAUGCAUUCUUAGUAAAAACUGAUCACAGAAUGCCAUUCUUAAUCCCAUGGAUACUGGUGGAGGUAAUGAGAUCUGCUAUUCUGUCCAAAGCGUACAUUCGCAAAUUGCAGCCAUCAGACAAAGCCACAUUACCUUCUAGGUUUUUCUUCCAUCCUUGUAUUGUGAACCAAGAAAAUCUAUGAUCUCAUGACGAUAAAUUACAAUUCAAUACGAUUAAAGUUAUUGUCAAACUUGGUUUAAAAACCCAAGAUCAAUCUUGAUCUCGGUCUGUUUGAAGCAUAAGAUUGGGUUGUAAUUUUAGUACUUUUUUGGGUGCUGUUUAGGGAUCCCAAAAACUAUUGACGAUAAGGUGGAUUGGACAUUUUUACCAUGGAAACUGGAUAAUGGAAUGCCAGA